ACUCAAUCCAAACAAUUUUACAACAAGAUGAGCAACCUCGGUAUAAAAGUGUAUCCUGGGCCACAACAGUUUUUAGACGAACUACGACCACAGCUAGAAGAACACGAGCUUGAAAAUAGCCAAGUUAUAUUCAAACCAACAGUAUGGGCUCGUGAUAAUGUCGAAGGUGGCUAUUACGCUGCAGUGUUGGAUGGCGACAAAUUGGUAUACGCUGGAUGCUGGUCGCCAGGGAACUACAUGUGGCUUUCAUGGUGUCCUGAAGACGGAAGUGAGACUGAAGCGCAAGAACUUUUGGCAAAGCAUCUCGCUACAGUCGAGAGCGUGGUAAAGGGCUUGGUAGGAUACCUAGGAUGCGAACCAGGAGCAAAGGUGUUUGCAAAUGCGUACGCAGAGGCAACAAGUCGCACUGUUCAAGAGGACAGAGCCAUGUCUACUUACAGGCUUACCAAGGUUCUAUGGACAGAACAGUGUCGAGAGAUGGUGGCAAAAGGAGUGCUAAGAAAAACAACAUCAGACGACGACAUGAAAGUUAUUGGAAGUUGGUAUAAGGGAUUUAACCACCAGUGCAAGCUGCCAUUCCUUUCCCUCGAAGAAUGUGAAAAGGCGGUAACUAACUUGACCAAAGUUGGGCUUCUCUACGUGUGGUGCCUGGGCAAGCAACCAGUGUCUAUGGCGUUUCAGUUGAGGCCAUUGAAAUAUGGGACGUCAGUUGCUGGUGUCUACACGCCUCCAGAAUUUCGUAAACGUGGCUAUGCUUCUGCUUUGAUGGCGACUCUCAGUGACCAUCUGCUCAAAACUUAUCAAUUCGUUACGUUACAUGCUGACAACGAUAACCCGACGUCGAAUCACAUUUACCAGGAAGUAGGAUACCAAUUUGUUCGAUAUACCAGCGACUAUCAGGUACACUCGACAGCAUAAGCUUGUAAUACAUUUUGCAAAACUAUGUUGUAUUAUAUUGUUUAAAAUUUGCAAGUUCUGAUAAAGAUAUUAAACUUGAUUUUUAUUUUAUUUUGAAAAACUCUAUGACUAUUCCGU